CGCAGUGACGACGAGGAGGCCGUCGGAAAGUAAGGGCCGGGCUGCGCGCGAGCUGCUUCCCGGAAGUGGCGCUGCGGCAGCAUGCUCGAGGAGCUGGGGUUGAUCGGGACCAUAGGCGAAGAUGACGACGUGCCGGGGCAUCCUGAGUCUGACUCCGGGGACGAGGAGGAGGAGGGGCCCGUUGUGCUGGGCAGAAAGCAGAAAGCCUUGCAGAAGAACCGCAGUGCCGAUUUCAACCCUGACUUCGUUUUCACUGAGAAGGAGGGGGCAUAUGAUGGCAGCUGGGCCAUGGCUGAUGUCAUGAGCCAGCUCAAGAAGAAGAGGGCAGCCACCACAUUAGAUGAGAAGAUUGAGAAAGUUCGCAAGAAAAGGAAAACAGAGGAUAAAGAAGCCAAGUCUGGGAAGUCCGAGGAGAAAGAAGCAAAGGAAGGCUCUGAACUGGAGGAGCAGGAAGACCAUGAAGGGAAAGAUGAGGAAGGUCCAGAAGAUGAAGACUCAGAGACUGAUUACUCGUCAGCUGAUGAGAACAUCCUCACCAAAGCAGAUACACUCAAAGUAAAGGAGCGGAAGAAGAAGAAGAAAGGACAGGAAACAGGAGGAUUUUUUGAAGAUGCAUCUCAGUAUGAUGAAAACCUCUCAUUCCAGGACAUGAACCUUUCCCGCCCUCUUCUGAAGGCCAUUACAGCCAUGGGCUUCAAACAGCCCACCCCAAUCCAGAAGGCAUGCAUACCUGUGGGUCUGUUGGGGAAGGAUAUCUGUGCCUGUGCAGCCACUGGGACAGGUAAAACUGCUGCUUUUGCCCUGCCUGUCCUGGAGCGUCUGAUCUACAAACCCCGCCAGUCUCCUGUCACCCGUGUGCUCGUGCUGGUUCCCACCCGAGAACUGGGCAUCCAGGUGCACUCUGUCACCAAGCAGCUGGCUCAGUUCUGCAACAUCACCACCUGCCUGGCCGUGGGAGGCCUGGAUGUGAAGUCUCAGGAAGCAGCUCUUAGAGCAGCGCCUGACAUCCUCAUUGCCACCCCAGGCCGGCUCAUCGAUCAUCUCCACAACUGUCCUUCCUUCCACCUGAGCAGUAUUGAGGUGCUCAUCCUGGAUGAGGCUGACAGGAUGCUGGAUGAGUACUUUGAAGAACAGAUGAAGGAGAUCAUCCGGAUAUGUUCCCACCACCGCCAGACCAUGCUCUUCUCAGCCACCAUGACAGAUGAGGUAAAAGAUCUGGCUUCUGUUUCCUUGAAGAAUCCUGUCCGAAUAUUUGUGAAUAGCAACACAGAUGUGGCCCCGUUCCUGCGGCAGGAGUUUGUCCGGAUCCGGCCGAAUCGGGAAGGGGACCGGGAAGCCAUUGUGGCAGACCACAGUCCACACUCCCCAGUGAGUCCUGUACAGCCCUCUGGGACCUGGCCCCUGCCUGCCUGGAGUCUUCAGCUUUGGUGCCCUGCCAUACUCUCCUGUUUAUAUUGUCUCAGACCUACCAAGCUUGUCCUGCCUCGGGGCCUUCACAUUUGCUCCUUCCUCUGCCUGAAAUCUUCCCCCAAAUCUUCUCUUCUGACAAGAACCUUCACUGACCAUGUGAUGCUGUUCACCCAGACCAAGAAGCAGGCCCACCGCAUGCACAUCCUUCUGGGGCUCAUGGGGCUGCAGGUUGGCGAGCUCCAUGGCAACCUGUCCCAGACGCAGCGGCUAGAGGCCCUCCGGCGCUUUAAGGACGAACAGAUUGACAUCCUUGUGGCCACAGAUGUGGCAGCCCGUGGACUUGACAUUGAAGGGGUCAAAACGGUAAUUAACUUCACGAUGCCCAACACCAUCAAGCAUUAUGUCCACCGGGUGGGGCGAACAGCUCGGGCUGGUAGGGCUGGGCGCUCGGUGUCUCUGGUGGGAGAAGAGGAGCGGAAGAUGCUGAAGGAGAUCGUAAAAGCCGCCAAAGCCCCUGUUAAGGCCCGGAUACUUCCCCAGGAUGUCAUCCUUAAAUUCCGGGACAAGAUUGAGAAGAUGGAGAAGGAUGUGUAUGCAGUUCUGCAGCUAGAGGCCGAGGAAAAAGAGCUGCAGCAGUCAGAAGCCCAGAUCAACACAGCAAAACGGCUCCUUGAGAGAGAGAAGGGGAAGGAGGCCUCAAACCAUGAGCCUGAGAGAAGCUGGUUCCAGACCAAGGAAGAGAGGAAGAAGGAAAAAAUUGCCAAAGCUCUGCAGGAGUUUGACUUGGCCUUAAGAGGAAAGAAGAAGAGAAAGAAGUUUAUGAAGGAUGCCAAGAAAAAGGGGGAGAUGACAGCAGAGGAAAGGUCCCAGUUUGAAAUCCUCAAGGCACAGAUGUUUGCUGAGCGGCUGGCCAAGAGGAAUCGCAGAGCCAAGAGGGCCCGAGCAAUGCCUGAGGAGGAGCCAGCAAGAGGCCCCGCCAAGAAACAAAAGCAGGUGAAUAAAUCUGUAUUUGAUGAAGAACUUACCAACACAAGCAGGAAGGCCCUGAAACAGUAUCGAGCUGGCCCCUCUUUUGAAGAAAGGAAACAGUUGGGCCUGCCCCACCAGAGACGAGGAGGAAACUUUAAGUCUAAAUCCAGGUACAAGAGAAAGAAGUAGCUGUGGUGGCCUGAAGUUUGUGGGGCAGCCCUUAGAUCCCUUCCUUGUGGGAAGUCAUCCUGGCUUGGUCUCUUCCAUUUGUAA